AACAGGAAACCUGCUGGGGAGGCGGCCACUGCGAUCUCGGGGCGCCAGGGCUGCGCACAUCGCGGGGUGUCCGCGGGCUGCGACUUUGCUCCUGCCAGCUUCCCCCGGCGCGGGGCAGGGCUGAGCCGACGAUCGGGUCGUUCAGGCUGUGCCCUCUGCAGCCGCUCUCGGCGUGGCAGUCGUGCGCUCCGUUCCGCUUCUGUCGCGGCAGCUCCCUGGAGAGGGCGGCGGGGACGCAGAGAAGAGGAAGGACGUCUACUUUGGAGCAUGAAGCAGUAUGUCUGAUAAAAUGUCCAGCUUCCUCUACAUAGGGGACAUCGUGUCCCUGUACGCGGAGGGCUCGGUCAACGGCUUCAUCAGCACCCUGGGGUUAGUGGAUGACAGGUGCGUGGUGCACCCGGAGGCCGGGGACCUCGCCAACCCUCCCAAGAAGUUCAGAGACUGCCUCUUCAAGGUGUGCCCUAUGAAUCGAUAUUCUGCCCAGAAACAAUAUUGGAAAGCUAAGCAAGCCAAACAAGGGAACCACACAGAGGCAGCCUUGCUGAAGAAAUUACAGCAUGCUGCAGAACUGGAACAAAAACAAAAUGAAUCAGAAAAUAAGAAACUUUUGGGAGAAAUCGUGAAAUACAGUAAUGUCAUUCAACUACUGCAUAUAAAAAGCAACAAGUACCUGACUGUCAACAAGAGGUUGCCUGCUUUACUGGAGAAGAAUGCAAUGCGCGUGUCCUUGGAUGCUGCCGGAAAUGAAGGGUCCUGGUUUUAUAUUCAUCCCUUCUGGAAGCUGAGAAGCGAGGGUGACAAUAUUGUUGUGGGAGAUAAAGUUGUGCUGAUGCCGGUGAACGCAGGACAGCCACUGCAUGCAAGCAACAUCGAGCUUCUCGAUAACCCAGGGUGUAAGGAGGUGAAUGCUGUUAAUUGCAACACUAGCUGGAAAAUCACUUUGUUCAUGAAAUAUAGUUCCUAUCGAGAGGAUGUGCUGAAGGGAGGUGACGUUGUUAGAUUGUUUCAUGCAGAACAAGAGAAAUUUCUGACCUGUGAUGAAUAUGAGAAAAAACAGCACAUUUUCCUUCGUACGACCUUGCGUCAAUCAGCUACUUCUGCUACGAGUUCUAAAGCACUCUGGGAAAUAGAGGUGGUUCAUCAUGACCCAUGUCGUGGGGGUGCAGGACAGUGGAACAGCUUGUUCAGAUUUAAACAUCUCGCAACUGGAAACUAUUUAGCAGCAGAGCUUAAUCCUGAUUAUCGAGAUGCCCAAAAUGAAGGAAAAGUUAUGAGAGAGGGAGAUCUUCCAACUUCAAAGAAGAAGCGCCAGGCAGGGGAGAAGAUCAUGUAUACCUUGGUCUCGGUCCCACAUGGAAACGACAUUGCGUCUCUUUUUGAACUGGAUGCCACAACUCUUCAGAGAGCUGACUGCCUGGUUCCAAGGAACUCCUAUGUUCGGUUAAGACAUUUGUGUACCAACACAUGGGUAACCAGUACGAGUAUCCCUAUAGACACAGAUGAAGAGAGGCCUGUUAUGCUGAAGAUUGGAACCUGCCAAACAAAAGAAGAUAAAGAAGCAUUUGCUAUUGUGUCCGUCCCGCUGUCUGAGGUGCGAGACUUAGAUUUUGCCAAUGAUGCCAAUAAAGUCCUGGCAACCACGGUUAAAAAGCUGGAAAAUGGCACAAUAACUCAGAAUGAAAGGAGGUUUGUAACCAAAUUAUUGGAAGACCUCAUCUUUUUUGUUGCUGAUGUUCUUAAUAACGGACAAGAAGUUCUGGAUGUGGUUAUCACUAAGCCAAACCGAGAACGUCAAAAAUUAAUGAGGGAACAAAAUAUAUUGGCACAGAUAUUUGGGAUUCUGAAAGCACCCUUUAAGGAGAAAGCAGGAGAAGGCCCUAUGCUGAGACUUGAAGACCUGGGGGACCAAAGAUACGCCCCCUACAAGUACCUGCUGCGGCUGUGCUACCGCGUGCUGAGGCACUCACAGCAGGACUACCGCAAAAACCAGGAAUAUAUUGCUAAGAAUUUCUGUGUCAUGCAGUCCCAGAUUGGCUAUGAUAUUUUGGCAGAAGAUACCAUCACAGCUCUGUUGCACAACAACAGAAAACUACUAGAGAAACAUAUCACAGCAAAAGAAAUAGAAACAUUUGUCAGUUUACUCAGGAGAAAUCGUGAGCCAAGAUUCUUGGAUUACUUAUCAGAUCUAUGUGUGUCCAAUACCACCGCUAUACCGGUAACUCAAGAACUCAUCUGUAAAUUCAUGUUGAGCCCGGGAAAUGCAGACAUUCUCAUUCAAACGAAGCUGGUCUCAAUGCAAAUGGACAACCCCAUAGAGAGCUCCAUCCUUUCAGAUGACAUUGAUGAUGAAGAAGUUUGGCUCUACUGGAUUGACAGCAACAAGGAACCUCAUGGCAAAGCUAUCAGACACCUUGCUCAGGAAGCCAAAGAAGGCACCAAAGCUGAUUUAGAAGUUCUGACCUAUUACAGGUACCAGCUCAACCUCUUUGCAAGGAUGUGCUUGGAUCGCCAGUAUCUGGCCAUAAACCAGAUUUCCACACAGCUCUCUGUCGAUCUGAUCCUGCGCUGUAUGUCAGACGAGAGCCUGCCAUUUGACCUCCGAGCGUCGUUUUGUCGCCUCAUGCUCCACAUGCAUGUUGACCGGGAUCCCCAGGAGUCUGUGGUGCCUGUUCGCUAUGCUAGGCUCUGGACAGAAAUCCCCACGAAGAUCACGAUUCAUGAAUAUGAUUCUAUAACAGAUUGUUCCAGAAAUGAUAUGAAGAGGAAAUUUGCACUGACAAUGGAAUUUGUUGAAGAAUACUUGAAAGAAGUUGUGAAUCAGCCCUUUCCUUUUGGAGAUAAAGAAAAAAACAAACUGACAUUUGAGGUGGUCCACUUGGCUCGGAAUCUUAUAUACUUUGGAUUUUAUAGUUUCAGUGAAUUAUUAAGGCUAACAAGGACGCUUCUGGCUAUCCUAGAUAUUGUACAGGUCCCCAUGUCAUCGUAUUUUGAAAGAUUAAGCAAAUUUCAAGAUGGAGGAAACAAUGUCAUGAGAACCAUCCAUGGGGUAGGCGAGAUGAUGACCCAGAUGGUGCUCAGCAGAGGUUCCAUCUUCCCCAUGAAUGUGCCUGACGUGCAGCCAAGCAUCCACCCCAGCAAGCAAGGGAGCCCUGCUGAGCACGAGGACGUGACUGUGAUGGACACCAAGUUGAAGAUUAUUGAGAUUUUACAGUUUAUCCUGAGUGUCAGACUAGAUUAUAGGAUCUCCUAUAUGCUGUCAAUAUAUAAGAAGGAAUUCGGAGAGAACAAUGAGAAUGCGGAAACGUCUGCCAAUGGCUCUCCAGAUACAUUAAUACCAUCAGCUAUUGUUCCUGAUAUAGAUGAAAUUGCAGCUCAGGCAGAAACCAUGUUUGCUGGAAGAAAGGAAAAAAAUCCAGUUCAACUUGAUGAUGAAGGAGGCAGGACGUUUUUACGGGUCCUCAUUCACCUGAUCAUGCAUGACUACCCGCCUUUGCUCUCAGGAGCUUUGCAGCUUCUGUUCAAGCACUUCAGCCAGAGAGCGGAGGUUCUACAGGCAUUUAAGCAGGUGCAAUUGCUGGUGUCCAAUCAAGAUGUAGAUAACUACAAGCAAAUAAAGGCAGAUCUAGACCAGCUUCGACUGACGGUAGAAAAAUCCGAGUUAUGGGUUGAGAAGAGCAGCAGCUAUGAGAAUGGGGAAAUGGGUGAAAAUCAAGUAAAAGGUGGUGAAGAGCCAAUUGAGGAAUCACACAUUUUAAGUCCAGUUCAGGAUGGAACAAAGAAACCUCAGAUUGACAGCAAUAAGAGCAACAACUACCGGAUCGUAAAGGAGAUUUUGAUUAGGCUAAGUAAACUCUGCAUACAGAAUAAAAAAAGUCGGAAUCAACAUCAGCGGUUACUGAAAAAUAUGGGCGCUCAUUCAGUGGUGUUGGAUCUUCUGCAGAUACCCUAUGAAAAGAAUGAUGAGAAGAUGGAUGAAGUAAUGAACCUAGCCCAUACGUUUCUGCAGAAUUUCUGCCGGGGAAAUCCACAGAAUCAAAUUCUCCUUCAUAAACAUCUGAAUUUGUUUUUAACUCCUGGUCUCCUUGAAGCAGAGACCAUGCGGCACAUCUUCAUGAACAAUUACCAUCUGUGCAAUGAAAUUAGCGAGCGAGUGGUGCAGCAUUUUGUGCACUGCAUCGAGACUCAUGGCCGCCACGUGGAGUACCUGAGAUUUUUGCAAACGAUUGUAAAAGCAGAUGGUAAAUAUGUAAAGAAAUGCCAGGAUACGGUGAUGACAGAGUUGAUAAAUGGAGGUGAAGAUGUGCUGAUAUUUUACAACGAUAGAGCAUCGUUCCCCAUCCUUCUCAAUAUGAUGUGUUCAGAGAGAGACCGCGGGGAUGAGAGUGGCCCCUUAGCCUACCACAUCACCCUUGUGGAGUUGCUGGCAGCUUGUACAGAGGGGAAGAACGUCUACACCGAAAUCAAGUGCAAUUCCCUUCUGCCCCUGGACGACAUAGUGCGGGUGGUGACGCACGAUGACUGCAUCCCUGAGGUUAAAAUUGCUUAUGUGAAUUUUGUUAAUCACUGUUAUGUUGACACUGAAGUGGAAAUGAAAGAAAUUUACACAAGUAACCACAUUUGGAAAUUAUUUGAGAACUUCUUGGUGGAUAUGGCAAGGGUUUGCAACACGACCACAGACAGGAAACACGCAGACACCUUCCUGGAGAAGUGUGUAACUGAGUCCAUAAUGAACAUAGUGAGCGGCUUCUUUAAUUCUCCUUUUUCAGACAACAGUACCAGUCUCCAGACACAUCAGCCCGUUUUUAUUCAGCUGCUGCAGUCUGCCUUUAGAAUUUACAAUUGCACCUGGCCAAACCCAUCACAGAAAGCCUCGGUGGAGUCCUGUAUCAGAACUUUGGCUGAAGUGGCAAAGAAUCGUGGAAUUGCUAUUCCAGUGGAUUUGGACAGUCAAGUUAAUACUCUUUUCAUGAAGAGCCAUUCCAAUAUGGUGCAGAGGGCAGCCAUGGGGUGGAGACUGUCAGCUCGCUCUGGACCACGCUUUAAGGAAGCUCUUGGAGGGCCUGCUUGGGAUUAUAGAAAUAUUAUUGAAAAAUUACAGGAUGUAGUAGCUUCCUUGGAGCAACAGUUCAGCCCGAUGAUGCAGGCUGAAUUCUCAGUGUUGGUGGAUGUACUGUACAGUCCAGAGCUACUGUUCCCUGAGGGGAGCGAUGCAAGAAUCCGAUGCGGCGCUUUCAUGUCCAAGUUGAUUAAUCAUACAAAGAAACUAAUGGAGAAAGAAGAAAAACUGUGCAUUAAAAUUCUUCAGACUUUACGAGAAAUGCUAGAGAAGAAAGACAGCUUUGUGGAAGAGGGCAACACAUUAAGAAAAAUACUCCUGAAUCGAUACUUUAAGGGAGAUUAUGGAGUUAGUAUAAAUGGACACCUUUCUGGAACCUACUGCAAAUCUGCACAAGGAGGAGGCAACUUUUCUGGACAAGAUUCAGAUAAGAUGGGGAUAUCAAUGUCCGAUAUUCAGUGUCUACUGGACAAAGAAGGUGCUUCGGAACUUGUCAUUGAUGUUAUAGUGAACACCAAAAAUGACAGAAUUUUUUCAGAAGGGAUUUUACUUGGCAUUGCCUUGCUGGAAGGAGGAAAUACACAAACGCAGUAUUCUUUCUAUCAGCAGUUGCAUGAACAAAAAAGAUCAGAAAAAUUCUUCAAAGUUCUGUAUGACCGAAUGAAGGCUGCUCAGAAAGAGAUAAGAUCAACAGUGACAGUUAAUACCAUAGACCUAGGUAACAAAAAAAGGGAUGAUGACAAUGAGUUGAUGACAUCUGGUCCACGAAUGAGAGUAAGAGAUUCAUCAUUACAUUUAAAAGAGGGAAUGAAAGGGCAAUUAACAGAAGCUUCUUCAGCAACAUCCAAAGCAUACUGCGUAUACAGAAGAGAAAUGGAUCCAGAAAUAGACAUGAUGUGCACAGGAUCAGAGGUGGGAAAUGCUGAGGAGAAGUCUGCAGAGGAAGUGACAAUGAGUCCUGCGAUUGCCAUCAUGCAGCCGAUCCUGAGAUUCCUUCAGUUACUGUGUGAGAAUCACAACCGGGAACUGCAGAACUUCUUGAGGAAUCAAAACAACAAAACAAAUUACAACCUUGUCUGUGAGACCCUUCAGUUUUUGGACUGCAUUUGUGGAAGUACAACAGGCGGCCUGGGCCUACUCGGUCUCUACAUCAAUGAGAAGAAUGUGGUGCUGGUCAACCAGACUCUGGAAAGCUUGACCGAGUAUUGCCAGGGCCCGUGCCAUGAAAAUCAGACGUGUAUUGCUACUCAUGAAUCUAAUGGGAUUGAUAUCAUCAUUGCUUUGAUUCUAAAUGACAUAAACCCUCUUGGUAAAUAUCGAAUGGACCUGGUGCUCCAACUCAAGAACAAUGCCUCCAAACUUUUGCUGGCCAUUAUGGAAAGCAGACAUGACAGCGAGAAUGCAGAGAGAAUUCUUUUUAACAUGAGACCCAGGGAACUGGUGGAUGUGAUGAAGAAUGCCUAUAACCAAGGACUGGAAUGCGAUCACGGGCACGAUGAGGGUGGAGACGACGGUGUUUCUCCAAAAGAUGUUGGACACAAUAUCUAUAUUCUGGCCCAUCAGUUGGCCCGUCACAACAAACUAUUACAGCAGAUGCUCAAACCAGGAUCAGAUCCAGAUGAUGGAGAUGAAGCCUUAAAGUAUUAUGCCAACCACACCGCACAGAUUGAGAUUGUUCGGCACGACAGGACUAUGGAGCAAAUAGUUUUUCCCGUCCCCAAUAUAUGCGAAUACCUUACGCGAGAGUCCAAGUGCCGCGUGUUCAACACGACGGAAAGGGAUGAACAAGGAAGUAAAGUGAACGACUUUUUCCAGCAAACAGAACACCUCUACAAUGAAAUGAAGUGGCAGAAGAAAAUCAGGAAUAACCCUGCACUGUUCUGGUUCUCGAGGCACAUAUCUCUCUGGGGCAGCAUAUCCUUCAACUUGGCCGUGUUCAUCAAUUUAGCUGUUGCUCUCUUCUACCCAUUUGGGGACGAUGGAGAUGAAGGUAUACUUUCUCCAUUGUUCUCCGUUCUUCUGUGGAUAGCAGUUGCAAUCUGCACAUCAAUGCUGUUUUUCUUUUCCAAACCUGUGGGUAUUCGGCCAUUUCUUGUGUCAGUAAUGCUCAGAUCAAUAUAUACAAUAGGUCUUGGACCUACGUUAAUACUUCUUGGUGCAGCUAAUCUUUGUAAUAAAAUCGUAUUUCUGGUGAGUUUUGUCGGGAAUCGUGGCACGUUCACCCGCGGGUACCGAGCGGUCAUCCUGGACAUGGCCUUUCUCUACCACGUGGCGUAUGUCCUGGUUUGCAUGCUGGGCCUCUUUGUCCAUGAAUUCUUCUACAGCUUCCUGCUUUUUGAUUUGGUGUACAGAGAAGAGACGCUGCUCAAUGUCAUAAAAAGUGUCACACGGAAUGGCCGCUCCAUUAUUCUAACUGCAGUCCUAGCUCUCAUCCUUGUCUACCUGUUUUCCAUUAUUGGGUUCCUUUUUCUGAAGGAUGACUUUACUAUGGAAGUGGAUAGGCUGAAAAACAGAACUCCCAUUACAGGAAGUAAUGACGUUCCUACUAUGACUUUCACUUCAAUGAUGGGAACAUGUGACAAGGAAAACUGCCCACCCACGACACCAGCUUCAAAUACAGCUGAUGAAGAAUAUGAAGAUGGAAUUGAAAGGACAUGUGACACUCUCCUUAUGUGCAUCGUCACCGUCCUGAACCAGGGCCUCAGGAAUGGCGGUGGUGUGGGAGAUGUGCUGAGAAGGCCGUCGAAAGACGAGCCCUUGUUUGCUGCCCGAGUGGUAUAUGACCUUCUUUUUUAUUUCAUUGUCAUCAUUAUUGUUCUUAACUUGAUUUUUGGUGUCAUCAUUGAUACUUUUGCUGAUCUCAGAAGUGAAAAACAGAAGAAAGAAGAAAUUCUAAAGACAACCUGCUUCAUCUGUGGACUCGAAAGGGACAAGUUUGAUAAUAAAACUGUUUCAUUUGAGGAGCACAUCAAGUCAGAACACAAUAUGUGGCAUUAUUUGUACUUCCUAGUCUUGGUGAAGGUCAAAGACCCAACAGAAUACACUGGACCGGAAAGUUACGUGGCUCAGAUGAUUGUGGAGAAGAAUUUGGACUGGUUUCCCCGGAUGCGAGCCAUGUCCCUUGUUAGCAAUGAAGGUGACAGUGAGCAAAAUGAGAUUCGGAACCUGCAGGAGAAGUUGGAAUCGACCAUGAGUCUGGUCAAGCAGCUGUCAGGUCAGCUGGCAGAGCUCAAGGAGCAGAUGACAGAACAAAGGAAGAAUAAGCAGAGACUGGGCUUUCUCGGAUCAAACCCACCCCAUGUGAAUCAUCACAUGCCACCACACUGAUACCAUGGGGGAAAGCCGUGACUAGCCUUUCAUCCGUGCCCUGCCUGGUCACUGAAUAAAGAACUGAGAUGGAAAAGAGUGAACAGUGCCUAUUGUUGAAAAGUUAAAAACAACCAAGUGCCAAGACGUUGACUGGUUUAGCUCCGAGAACAAUUUAUAACUGUGUUUUCAUGGUUGAGAAGACCAAACUUAAAAUGCAGCCUCUAGAGAGCACACAUCACGUAUUCUUCACGCAGUGUGAAAUAACUUGCUCACAUGGAUGGAGAGGGUAGGGAGAGGCCGGGUUGGAAGGAUGCCGUGCAGAGAGAACUACCUUUGCUAAGUCGAUAAGAGUCAGUUUUGUCUUAAAGGCUGACUGCAACUUUUGUCCUGGUUGGUUGGACUUACUUUCUUUUAAUUAUGGCAUAUAGGUCAGUGACACAAGUCACACUCGGGUGGCCAAGUUUUACUGUAGAAAAUAACUGAAAAGAUUAAAAAUGAAAGUUACAGAGAAAAAUGUUAAUGCUUCCAAUCCGUAGCUGUCACAGGGCAAUUUCCUAACAGGCAACACAAUGGAUUUACGGCUCUAGCAACUAGUGCCUUGGAGCUUAGGCCCCUCAAGCUGACGUCACAACUGGAAUGUGAUUGCUUUCUCCCAGAUUCAGACGGAGCUCUGUCAGUAUGGAGCACAAGAGGAGAUUUUCAUAUAACUUGUUAAAGGCAUGUUGUAAAUCAUGUGUAGGCUAAGAUUGUAGAAGAUUUGGGGAAGAAACAGCUGACAGUAAGCCCCAGGGAAGAGUUUUUUGAAAACAUAUGUGUGCUAUUAAAAUAUAUUGAGAUUAAUAAAUGAAAAUGCUUAAAGAUGACGGGAAAUUCUGAGAAACUUAUGAUGGUGGCAUUUUAUAAAUACAGAGUAAAAGCUAUUUGAUUUAUGUUUGCUGUGCUUAAGGAACUGAGUGGCUUUAUUCGUGCAGUUGGGGAGUUGGGGGAAAAAAUCCAAGAAAUUUAUUGAAUACUCAAAAAAAAAUGCAGCAUAUCAAUUGCCUAUUUUAAACUGUAUCAGCGAGAGCUUUUUGGGAUGUAGAAAGAUAAUAAUCUCUUCCCCAAAUUCUUUUUAUGUUAAAUUAUGCAACUGGAAUUUGUGGAGGGAGAAAAUAACCUGCCAUACUCAUGUUAUUCUUAGAACUGAUGCUUUGAGAGUGUUAAAGUAAAACUGGGAUAAUGGAAGUGUUAGGAGAACCACUGUGUGGUGAGGGAGCGAGGCACAUGUCACCAAAGUCUAGGAGAUGCUUUGCAAAUUGACCUUCUAGCCCUGCCCCCACAAGAACCAAAACUGCCUCCAGAAUCUGUAAACUCUGAUGUUAUCACCACGAAGGUUGAAGGUCCAGACCUUCAGCUAUGAUUGCUAUGACCAUUUUUAAAGCUUUUCGAUCAGUUUAGUAUAGUUUAAGCUAUUGAGUCCUAAAAUUCUCCAUUCAUUGGUCUAGGUAGAUUGGAAGGGAUGCCUGAACCAGCCCCUGUUAACAUGUAUACUAAGAGUGAAACUGUUGAAACCGCGAACAACAAAAUUUUGAGCUGAAUUUCCUGGCAUCCCUACAUUCCCAGUCCCUCCCCAAGUUAAGUAUUUUUCAUGCUGACAUAAUAGUAUUUUUCCUGACCAGUUGCUGAAGGACCAUGCCAAAGAGGUAAAGAAGCUGAGAUAUAUCUCUGCGUGCAGUACAGAGCUUUGAACUCAGUUAGACAGUCAAUAAAUGUAUGAGAAUACCACUAUUCCUAGUUACCUUUAGUUCUUCAUUAAAACUUUAAACUAUAUCACAUACUUGAUUUUUUAAAAAUGCCUUGAAAACCAAAGUAGAACAAAGCGUCCAUUGUUUUAACCCGAGACCAUCAUUGUUAUAACAGCAUUAGAUGCAAAGUACAGUUCAAACUAUUUUAAUUAGGCAGAGAGUUUUGUGAGUAGGGGAAAGAAACGUGGAAUAUUGAACACAUCCCAGGAUAGGAACAUACUGUUUCAGUACAAAAUCAAAUAUUUUUGAUGUCAAGAGAAUAGAUUAAUUUUUAGGGAUGAGAGCAACCUGUCUUUCAGAUGCUGAACUGACUAGCCUUUUCUGAUAGUGUGAUAGUUUUUUUAAGGAACUAAUAAGCCUUUGGGUUUGUGGCCACUCACCAUGUCACAGCACAUUGUCUCCUGUGGGAAGUGGCCCAACGAGACUGCAACUAACAAGAUUCUUAUCUGUUCAGGAUUGAAAUAUUUCUCACUUGUGUUUCUCUUUUCUGUCUGAAAAUUUAGAGAUUACAAGGCAAAAUGAACAAAAAUGAGCACACAAAAAAGGAAUUUUGCAGGCUAUUCACGAUGAUGAUAAUGCAGAAAUCUUACAUCUGACUUAUAUUUGUUAUAUAUAUGUUUGUAAUGCAACUGGAAUAUUUGACCUAAACAAAUAUUAAUUAACAUCUUCAUAUUUAUAUAGUGACAUUAAAUGCAAUCAUCCUUGACUUUGACAUUAAGGGGAAUGUUUUACUAUUUAGUUGCUAAAAUCUAUAUGGAAGGUAAAUGCUGAUUAUAAUUCUUAAUUUUAAAAAGAUUUUAUUCCCCUACAUGGUCCAUUCUGAGGCCCAAUAGUUUAAUAAAGGUAUGUUUCUUAAAUUAAAAUAUCAUGUUUAGAUAAGAAAAUGUUUCUAUCAACUAAGACUAUAAUAUUGAUAAACAAAUUGUAUACAUGUAGAAUUUAUCAUUUUCUUCCCCUUAAAAAGUUAGUUUAGAAAAGGGCUUAUUUUCUUGAACACUGAAAUUUUUCUGUGACAAAGAGGAUGCAGUUUCUAGUAAGUGAUUGAUAACAGCAGAAAGACACUUCACUUAAGUCAGAACUCGUGCUCUUAUUUCCAUAUUCGCCACUCACAAUUCAUUGUUUUGACUGUUCUUUUUUGUUUAUAGUUGUUUUAUUACAAACAGUAAUGCAGUAGAGGGCGACCUCCAUGCCCCAGGACCGAGAUGUGUGGAAAGCCUGGGGACCGGGGGAGAGGGAAAGGGAAGACUGGGACUUCAUUAUGUUAGGGACAAGAAGGAGUAAAUGACAGAGAGUAGGAAGAAAGGUGCUUACUCUCCAGGGGCCCAGUAGACGGGGACAUAAGUAAGUAAAUAACACACAGACAGAAUGAUGUACCAGAUUACAGACUCAAAAGAUACUGCUUAAAACAUGCCGAGAACAGAGCUUUGUGGAGGAGGAGCUCUAAGAGGGGUGUCGCUCAGCUGGUCUUAACUCUAUGAAGAAUAGCCAAUCAGCAUAUUCUGACCCACAGACCCUUUCCACUGUGCCGUGGCACGUGAUACAAUGCAAAACAGAGUGGAGUGGGCAUCCAAAACACAAGCACAGACCCUGACAGAAGCCUGGUGGGUCACUCAAACGGGUGAAACUGUGGCAUGCGCGCCACGCGCAGGGUGUGAGGAGGCCCCAGUGAGCUUUCUGUUUGCAAAAUUUGACAUCUAAUUCCAGUUUUUAGAAAAUCUCUGAGGCCAGAUGAAGCCCUCUAGUCACUCAUUUGCUAUCUCUGAAAUAACUGUAAAGCUAUUCCAUUUAGUAGAAGAAAAUACCAAAACCAAGCACAGGAAAUAAAAUCCAUGUGAAACUUGAGAAAUCUGAAAACAAAUCCAGGUAUCAUCUCUGAACUGGCGGGUUUCCACAGACUUGAAUAAUUUAUAAAGUUAUCAGACCAGUACUUUUCAUAUCAUCAGUAGACUUUUUCCCUAGAGUAGAAUACAAUGUUUGCCUUAAAAGCCAUGAUACUAAUAUGUCAAGACCAGAUAAAUAUAAUUUAUAAACUAUUAAUAAAGUUGGAUAUGUAUAACUUUUUCACGUGUGAUACUUCAAGUGCUUUAUUCAUUUCUCACCAAGUUUCUAAAUAAUAUAUCCAUCGGUAUGAAAGUUGUUAUUGCUAUUUUAC